AUGAGUACUGAAGAAAGCGGCACAAAAAAAAUCAAAAAAAGACGGAAGCAUAAGCAGUCAAGUAAAGAAUCUGGAAAACGCUCAGGCCUUCAUAAUGCUAUCGUGAGCCCGUGCGAUUCGGCAACGCCUGAACCGGCAAGUCCCAAAACUAAUGAAGGUUCUCAAACUUCAGAGGAACCAGUAGACAUCGUUGAUAUUUCCAACAAAAAAGCUCCAAAAUACACCGAACAAGAAAUUAAGGAGCGCUUUCCCACAGUCGAUGAGUUUCUUCGUCGGCAAAGAUUAAUUCGGCUUGGACACGUUCUAGCUGCGGAUGGAACAAUUAUAAAAAGACGCAAACCACGGGCGGGUUUUGAAGGAACACGUGCUGCUAUAGAAGAUAGGAUACAAAGUCUACCGAAACGCAAAGCUCUGAGGGAAAUUGAUAAGACGAAAAAGAAAACUAAAAUUUUACCGUAA